UCAGGAUGCAGUUAUGUGUUGCCAUGGUAGCAGGACGAGGGCAUGCUCGACUGCCAGGCAGGACUCGAGGUGGAGCCGGUGCACAUGGGCAUGCGCAAGGGGAUGACGCACGAGGAGAUCGCCCAACAGGUUGCGCUUAUUACGCGCGAUCCCAUUGGGGCUUCUGCACCGCCCUCUGUUGAUGCUGUUUUUGAUAGACGUGCUUGCAUUUUCCGUCCGUAUCCCAGGGACGAUGACUCGGAUGAGGAGAGGGCACCCGAGGCAGAAGAUGACCUUGCGCUCCCCAUUCCUCACACGAUCGACGAGAUGCGCGAGGAUGCCGAUGACACGGAGACGAGGACAUACACCGCACGGCGGGUGGUAGACCGGGCAAAGAGGAAAAUGAUGGGGGGAGGCGAGGAUUGUUGGGGCCCUUUCGGGGAGGUGGCUUCCACAGGUGAUGAGCGUGAUGACAGAGUUAGGGGCUCUCAUGCAGGCACGAGCCACAGAUCUAUGGUGGUCCGCCAGCUGAGGUUACGACCGCCUUCCUCGGCAGUCUUGCAGGAGGAGGUCGCCCAUCGUGGCACUCCAGCGGACACAGGGGAACCAGCUCGAGCGGAGGAGGAGGUCAUGACAAUGACAGCGGUGGAGGGGGAGGUAGCAGCAGCGGAGGAGGAGGUACCAGCAGUAGCGACGGGGGUGGAGAAGGUGCCAGCUGCAGCAAGAGUGGAGGGGGGUAUAGCAGCCGCAAUGGAGGGGGAGGAGAAGGUAGCGCCACCAACGGUGGUGUCAGACGUUCAUAUGGAGCAUGAUAGUGCAAACAGCACUAAGGCAGUGACGAUGUCAAGGAACACCUUAUGCAGCAGUUAAUCACGGAGGAGCUCGAUCCAGUCAUAAGGGGUCUCACCCCCGGUGUGGUGAGGGGGCUGGGGAUGUCUCCUCCCACAGA